ACGGCCCGCGACCAGAGCUCCAGACACCCACGGCCCGAGCGCGGAGACCCACGGCCCGCGACCAGAGCUCCAGACACCCACGGCCCGCGACCAGAGCUCCACAGACCCACAGCUCCAGAGCUCCACAUCCCACGGCCCCGCGUUGAGCGCUCCUCUCCGGCCGCAGACAUGCUCCCCCCGCGGCUCCUGUGCGCCGUGGCUCUCCUCCUGCUCCACAGCUCCGUGGAAGCCGAGCAGCGGAGGUUUUCUCCAGAGGACCUGUUGGUGAUCACUGCAGCCACGGAGGAGACGGACGGAUUCAAACGUUUCAUGAAAACGGCCGCACAGUUCAACUACACCGUCAAGGUUCUCGGUCUGGGGGAGGAGUGGAGAGGAGGAGACGUGGCGAAGACGGUGGGAGGAGGACAGAAGGUUCGUUGGUUGAAGAAGGAGCUGCUGAAACACAAAGACGACCCCCACAAAGUCAUCCUGUUUGUCGACAGCUCGUGUCUGGUGCGUCCUAGCUCGUGUCUGGUGCGUCCUAACUCGUGUCUGGUGCGUCCUAACUCGUGUCUGGUGCGUCCUAACUCGUGUCUGGUGCGUCCUAACUCGAGUGUCUGCUUCAUAAACUCGUGUCUCUCGUGUCUCGGACACAAAGUGUGUGUUUCGUGCUCGAACUCGGGUUUCUGCUGGCCCGACCAGAGACUCGCCUCCAAGUACCCAGAGGUGCAUUCUGGGAAACGCUUCCUCAACUCUGGAGGGUUCAUGGGCGUGGCGCCGGAGCUCGCCGCUUUGGUCCAACAAUGGAAAUACAAAGACAACGACGACGACCAGCUCUUCUACACACGCAUCUACCUGGACAAGGCCCAGAGGACUAAGUACAACAUGACUCUGGAUCAUCGCUCCAGAAUCUUCCAGAACCUGAACGGAGCCGUGGACUGGAGGGAGAAAUACGUCCACGAGAACUACUCCAAGAUCUUCGAGGACGAGAAGAACUUUGUGGAACAGCCGUGUCCAGACGUGUUCUGGUUUCCUGCGUUCUCUGACAAAAUGUGUGACGACCUGGUGGACACGAUGGAGGAACACGGACAGUGGUCAGGAGGCUCACACAAGGACGAGCGUCUGGCCGGAGGAUACGAGAACGUCCCGACCGUCGACAUCCACAUGAACCAGAUCGACUUCGAGAAAGAAUGGCUCAAAUUCCUCAAAGAAUAUAUCACCCCAGUGACGGAGAAACUCUACCCCGGAUACUACCCCAAGGCUCACGCUGUGAUGAACUUCGUGGUUCGUUAUCGUCCGGACGAGCAGCCGUCUCUGCGACCGCAUCACGACUCGUCCACGUUCACCAUCAACAUCGCCCUGAACCGCAAAGGACACGACUACGAGGGCGGCGGCUGCAGGUUCUUGAGGUACGACUGUAAAGUUGAGGCUCCGAGGAAAGGCUGGUCCUUCAUGCACCCGGGACGACUGACGCACUAUCACGAGGGUCUCCCCGUCACCCGAGGGACCCGCUACAUCAUGGUCUCCUUCGUCGACCCGUAGACCCCGGGGACACCGGGACACCGGAGACCAGAGACCAGAGACCCCGGAGAGACCCCAGAGACCAAAGACCAAAGACCAGAGACCAGGACCAGGACCAGGACCAGGUCAGAGCCUCAGUCUAACAGAAGUGUCCUGGCGGCGGCGGCGGUCGUGGUCGUCGUCCUCGUUCUUCUCGUAUUCGCCGCUGUAUCGCAGUAAAACCAAAGAGCCAAUCAGGAGCCAGACCCGCCCACUCCACGCUUUAACAACGCUGUCAAUCAAACCUGUUGCCGAGGCGAGCGGGACUCAAACCGAGAACCUUCAGAUUCGCCCUCGAACAAGCUCGCUUCUGAUUGGCUCUUUGGUCGCUGUGAUACUCACAGACACACUCCAAACUCCAGACCGGGUCUAAACCGGGACCAGACCGGGUCUAAACCGGGACCAGACCGGGUCUAAACCGGGACCAGACCGGGUCUAAACCGGGACCAUCCCUCCAACCAAAACGUGGACUUGGACCUGACCAACGACAGGACUCUUCACUCCCCUCUGGCUCUGAUUGCUCCGGUGUCCUGCGCUCUGAUUGGUCCGGUGUCCUGCGCUCUGAUUGGUCCGGUGUCCUGCGCUCUGAUUGGUCCGGUGUCCUGCGCUCUGAUUGGUCCGGUGUCCUGCGCUCUGAUUGGUCGUCUGGUUUUUUUAAAGACACAAACUCUUUUCUGAUGAAACUGUAGAAACUGAAGGUGAUUUUUUUUCCUGAAGACGCUGAUUUUAGAUUUUCGUUUCAUUCCGGCUCCUCCUGACUCUGGCUCCUCCACUGGGAUCUUGUGGCUCCUCCUCCUCUGGACCUGAGCUGUGACCUGAGCUGUGACCUGAGCUGUGACCUGAGCUGUGACCUGAGCCCCGGGCCUCAGUUUGGUCUGAGAUGUUCUUCUGGUUUUACAGGAUCCUGUUUUAAUUUUUAUUUUGUUUGUUUUGUCGUCAGUCGCUCCUGAUUGGUCGUGGCUCCUGAUUGGUCGUGGCUCCUGAUUGGUCGCUGUAGCUGCUGCCCUCAAUGAGCUUCAUUUUAAAGAUUUAAAUAUAAAUAUAAACUCUCACCUUUAGCCUUAAUGAGACGACACUCACCUGACACUGACAGGAGCAGACAGGUGCAGACAGGUGCAGACAGGUGCAGGCAGGUGCAGGCAGGAGCAGACAGGUGCAGACAGGAGCAGACAGGAGCAGACAGGUGCAGACAGGUGCAGAUGUGGUCGUGGCCUUGUUCCAGUUUUUCAUGUUUUUAUUUAAAGUGUUUUUGUGAUUUUGUACAAACUGCGUUAAGUUAUUUUUAAUAAAGUUUGUUGUUGUUAAAAAAAA